AUGGAUCCGGCAGACGGAGCCGAUGCUCUCGAGACACAGGCCUCAUUGCCAACACUUUUUGUGGAUUCUGUAUUUGGAUGUGCGGAGGAGCAAUCGGCCUGGGAAUACUAUGUCAGGCUCGUUUCGUCGAAUGUGCCUGCAUUGGAUGGCCCUGAUAAUCCUUACCGACAGCUGUCGAUCACGGCCCUCUCGUCGCCGGUUUUGCUGCACACUAUUCUAUGUAUAGCCACAGAGCACAUGCUCAAUUUUGGAUUCGGCAGCGUUUCUCUAGCAGCAAAACGGCAACAGCGCAUGCUGAGAACAAUUGGACAGAAACUGUUGGGAGUUCACGCCGGAGAUCCCAAUGCAGGGGCUAUCGUCGACUACCACAACCAUGAACACGAGGCUCUACUCGCUGCAGUGGUCCUGCAGGGUAUCGUAGUUGCCCAGACCCCGGAUGGUGUACUGGAGCCUCAUGUCAAGUGCGCGUCAUUCCUUCUUCAGACACUGGGUUUCUUCCAGAACAUCCCACAAAACCCUCUUACUCGCAUGGCUGUGCAGCGCUUUGCCAUGGUCGACUUGAUGCUGGCCAUCUCCCGACAACGCCGGCCCUAUGCGCCUGGCGACUUCAUCAUCUACCAGCCGGACCCGACGCGGUGGGACACCAUCGAGCCAUCCUUCCACAAAAUGACCGGAUGCCCCCAGCCGUUGAUGUGUUUUCUCGUGCGGAUAUCCCAUCUAGCAUGCGACGUGGACGAGCGACAUGAGCACGGUACGGCCACGAACGACAUUUUAACUGAAGCAUUGCGUCUUGACAGUGAACUGCGUGCAUGGGGCUGUCAAUACACGGGGAAUAUCCCCCAAGACGAAUUGCGCGCGCCGCUAGAUAUUCUCACCGAGUGCUUUUACUGGACCGCGCAUCUGUUGCUCGCGCGCCGCGUCUUUCGAGACGCAACCUGCUCCCUUCGAGUCCAACACCUGGCUCACACCUGCUUCGGACUCAUGGAUCAUUUGUCUACCGGCUGUGGUCCGGAUUCUUCGCUGCCGCAGCCUUUUUAUCUUGCAGCGCGAGAAGCUAUUACGCUCCAAGAUCGCAAUUGGGUGCGUCGCAAACACGCGUCGAUGACCGCGUACUAUCGAGAGCCGCAGCGCAAUCUGGCGAUGGAGCUUACGGAAAGGAUCUGGGACACGACUGAUGGGUUACGAGGACUGGGACCUGAUGCGGUGACGGCAAAUGAUGAAAGUGCGCUUUCUAUGGCGGAUGGGUAUAUUAAAGCGCUGGACAGGGAGUCCUGUUUGUUUAUCUUCUGA